CCCCAUUCUCGGGGCCGAGAGUCGUUACCGUCGGUGGAGGUGCGGAUAAGGUCUGCCAAGCUGCGGGCGGGCUCCAUGCCGCCGGUGCUGGUCUCGGUGCCGGUGUGAUGCUGGAGCGACGCUGGGGCGGGCGAGGUCUGGCGUGAGAGAAACAACCUGGCCGGGGUGCGGCACAUCCUGCUGGUGCUCUCCGGGAAGGGCGGUGUUGGCAAGAGUACCAUCUCCACCCAGCUGGCUCUGGCCCUGAGGCACUUGGGCAAGAAGGUGGGGAUCCUGGAUGUGGACCUGUGUGGCCCCAGCAUCCCCCGCAUGCUGCGGGCGCAGGACAGCGACGUGCACCAGUGUGACAGUGGCUGGGUCCCUGUCUACGUGGACCAGGACAAAAGCAUCUCCCUCAUGUCCAUUGGCUUCCUGCUGGAGAAACCAGAUGAUGCUGUGGUGUGGAGAGGACCCAAGAAAAAUGCUUUGAUCAAACAGUUUGUUGCUGAUGUGGCCUGGGGGGACCUGGACUUCCUCAUCGUGGACACACCACCAGGCACAUCAGAUGAGCACAUCUCCACCAUGGAGGCCUUGAGGCCCUACAAGCCACUUGGAGCAGUCCUGGUCACAACACCCCAGGCUGUGUCUGUGGGAGAUGUGAGGCGGGAGCUGACCUUCUGCAGGAAGACAGGCCUGCAGGUGCUGGGCAUCGUGGAGAACAUGAGUGGCUUUGUCUGCCCCCACUGCUCGGAGUGCACAAACAUCUUCUCCAAGGGGGGAGGUGAGGAGCUGGCCAAGCACGCCGGGGUCCCAUUCCUGGGUUGUGUUCCCCUGGACCCCCAACUCAGCCAGAGCUCGGAAGAAGGCAGAGACUUCAUCCAGGAGUUUCCCAAGAGCUCUGCCUUCUCUGCCUUGACUGAUAUUGCUCAGCAGGUCUUGGCUAGAGCAUCACAGCAGAGCUGCUGAGGAGGUUGUGGAGCUGGCCUAGCCCACCUAAGGCAGUUCCAGCAGGGAAGGGAACUCCAGAAGCUGUUUCACUACAAAGCUGUCACAGUGAGGGGUGAUGGAGGGUAAGGGAAGCACAGCAUCAGUGCUGCUCACAGUGCUGCCCAGAAAGGGAAGUGCUGCUCCAUACCCCUGUGUCUGCAGAGCUGCUGUGUGGGGACUGCUGCCUGUGCAGCCUCUUGCCUUCUCAGCAUGGUGCUGCUCAGCCCAGUGCUGCUCUUCCUGCACCUUCCUCCCCAGCCAGCUCUUGUGUGGCUGCUGGAGGAUCUCUGGGUUGUGUCAGCGCAGUGCUCCUGGGGGUCAUCUGGAUGGUGGCUCAAUGUGCCACUGCCUCCUCCUACCAUGUCCUGUGCUUGGUUCAGCAGCUGACAGGGACCUGAGGCAGGGCACCUGCUGUGACUGCUCAGCUCACUGAUCCUGGCACAGGGAGAGUGCUACCCAGGGGAGCCACCACCCCUCUGAGGGCUGCAUCCUGCUGUGCUGGAGGCAAAACCUCUGUGGACUGCUGGGGGUCAUCACUCUGGAGCAUUUGGAGGUUUCAGGCAGUAAAUACUUCAAAUCCA